AGGGGAAAGGGAGUUCAAACUAGUCUGACUCACAUUUGCUUUCAGUCCAGACUUCUGUAUCCAAACUGCUCGUAUCGGUCUGCUGCUGAACCAUCUCUGUUGACUCGACUGUCCUCAUUCAUCUUUAGACAUCUGAGCAGACCUUUUUCCUGAGAUUUAUUUCAUCAGGCUGAUCUGAAAACAGCUGGCAACAAGGAGAUGCCUAGACUUCUCUCAAGCAACUGUUGCUGACAAUCCGUUUGCUUCACCUCUGAAAGGAAGAGUGCCUUGCUCAAAGGCAACAACACCUGCAGAUAAGAAGGGGGCACUUCAUUUUCUCAAAUCUUUUGAUACAGUUUGCAUCCAUCAGGCUGCUCACAUCUGCAUUUUAAACCAGGUCGGCAGCUCUGAGACAAUCAGCAGGUGGAAGAAAAGUCUGAGCUGAUUUUAACUCAGGGAUGGCAGACUGGAGCCUUCUGGGAAACUUUCUGGAGGAAGUACAGGAGCACUCUACCUCCGUUGGCAAAGUGUGGCUAACCGUCCUGUUUAUCUUCCGGAUCCUGGUACUCGGGACAGCGGCCGAGUCCUCAUGGGGGGACGAGCAGGAAGACUUUAACUGUGACACAGAGCAGCCUGGCUGUGAGAACGUCUGUUACGAUCGAGCUUUCCCUAUAGCACAUAUACGGUACUGGGUGCUCCAAAUAGUGUUUGUGUCCACUCCGAGUCUGAUAUACAUGGGCCACGCCAUGCACACUGUUCGCAGAAAGGAGAGAAGAAGGAGCAGAGAGGAAGAUGAUGAAGAUGGGGGAGAGGAGGAAGAUCCAGGAGGAGGACACAGACAUGGGAAGAAUGAAGAGAAAGAUGAGGAACAGGAAAAGUUUGAAGGUUCGGCUGCUGGUCGAAUUCGACUGAGAGGAGCUCUGUUGAAGACCUACAUACUGAGUAUACUGAUUCGCAGCAUCAUGGAGGUAGUGUUUCUGUGUCUCCAGUACUUCCUGUAUGGAGUUUUUCUCAAUCCUCUCUAUGUCUGCAAGGCAUGGCCAUGCCCACAUCCAGUGAACUGUUAUGUCUCCAGACCAACAGAGAAAAACGUCUUCAUCGUCUUCAUGUUGGCCGUGUCGGCCGUCUCACUGGUGCUCAGCGUGCUUGAGCUCUAUCAUCUAGCAUGGAGACACUGCUGCAGGCAUUUUUUCUUCUCUACAAAGGAGGUACCUCCAGCCAACACCUCCAUGGCCCGACAGCUUUCCAUGUCUGCACCUCGGCCAUCUACCCCUCCUCCAGAUUUCAACCAGUGUGUGACUGGGUCCUCUCCCUUCCUACAGCUCCCUUUCCCCAGCCACCGGCUGGCCACCCAGCAGAACUCGGAGAACAUGGUCACAGAAAAGAACAAGAUAGCUGCUGCAGUGGAGGAGGCCAGCUUCCUUCACAUGAGCUGCUACUCGUCCACAUGGCAGAGCGCCACAGAUAAUCAGAUACCAGAAGGUGCAUACCUGAGGUCUGAUCCUAACUGCUACAGCCUUCCAGAUCACGUCACCCAUAACGGUGGUCCAGAUGGGCUGCUAGUGAAGGACAAAAGAAGAUUCAGUAAAACCAGCGGAACGAGCAGCAGAACCCGGGCGGAUGAUCUUUCUGUUUAACAGGAACAACCCCAAGGCGUCUGCAUGAAAACACACUGAGCCUUCUGACUGUAACAGCUGGAGGAGGAGGAUACUACAGAUUUGUCACAAGCACUAACUUCUGUUUAUUUUUGUUUUUGUUUUUUUGUUGAUUUUUUUUGACAAAACUUUGAUUGCUGGGAAAAAUUGUGGAUUUUACAUUAACAUUUUUUUUUUUGGCUUUAGAUUCAAACACCUCAGGUGUGCUGAAAUUAAAUUGAAUUACUUUGCACUGUA